GAUGAUCACGGACGUGCAACUCGCUAUUUUUGCAAAUAUUCUCGGAGUCACCCUCUUCUUCUUGGUGUUUCUAUUCCAUUAUAUAAAUGCUAAUUACUCAAAAUGAAGAAUGGAUCCUGUAAUUAUGAUGAGAGGGCAUGAUUUUGAGCACUAUCACCAAGUCAAUGGAAACUGCUAACUGCAAGUUCUUUUUUACACUUUGUAUUAUGGUUAAUGUUAAAUAAAUAAAAUAAUUAAAAUAUAAUC